CCUGCAUGAUUUCUCACAGUGCCCCUCCCCCUCGUCUAAAUGCAGUCUUUUGCAAUGUGGUGCGGAGCGGGGGAAAUCUCGCGAUUGUUGGCGUUAUUAGAGAGAGUUGGUGAAGAUGGCGCCUGUUGUGACAGGGAAGUUUGGGGAGCUCCCUCAGCCAAAGCGUUUAACAAGAGAGGCCAUGCGCAACUACUUGAAGGAGAGAGGAGAUCAGACAGUCCUCAUACUGCAUGCAAAAGUCGCACAGAAAUCGUACGGCAAUGAAAAAAGAUUCUUCUGUCCUCCACCAUGUGUGUACCUGAUGGGUUGUGGCUGGAAGAAAAAGAAGGAGCAGAUGGAGAGAGAGGGCUGCUCGGAGCAAGAGUCUCAGCCUUGUGCCUUUAUCGGCAUUGGAAACAGUGAACAAGAAAUGCAGCAGCUCAACUUGGAGGGCAAGAAUUUUUGCACAGCAAAAACGUUAUACAUUUCUGACUCGGACAAACGUAAGCACUUCAUGCUGUCGGUGAAAAUGUUCUACGGGAAUAGUGCGGAUAUCGGUGUCUUCCUCAGCAAACGAAUCAAGGUCAUCUCCAAACCUUCCAAAAAGAAGCAGUCACUGAAGAAUGCAGACCUGUGCAUAGCUUCUGGGACGAAGGUGGCUCUCUUUAACCGCUUGCGGUCUCAGACUGUCAGUACGCGGUACCUUCAUGUGGAAGGGGGAAACUUCCAUGCUAGUUCACAACAGUGGGGAGCCUUCUACAUUCAUCUAUUGGAUGAUGAUGAGUCAGAGGGAGAAGAGUUUACAGUCAGAGACGGUUACAUCCAUUACGGUCAGACGGUGAAGCUGGUAUGCUCCGUGACAGGCAUGGCUCUACCCCGACUGAUUAUUCGUAAAGUGGACAAGCAGACAGCGCUAAUGGAUGCCGACGAUCCUGUGUCCCAGCUACAUAAAUGUGCCUUCUACCUUAAAGAUACAGAGAGGAUGUACCUCUGCCUGUCACAGGAGAGGAUAAUUCAGUUCCAGGCAACACCCUGUCCCAAAGAAACAAACAAAGAAAUGAUCAACGAUGGGGCGUCAUGGACAAUCAUCAGCACAGACAAAGCAGAGUACACUUUCUAUGAGGGCAUGGGCCCUGUACCCUCACCUGUCACACCCGUGCCUGUUGUUGAGAGUUUACAGCUGAAUGGAGGAGGAGAUGUUGCCAUGCUGGAACUAACAGGACAGAACUUCACACCUAACCUCAGAGUCUGGUUUGGAGAUGUGGAGGCAGACACUAUGUACAGGUGUGGCGAAAGUGUGCUCUGCGUGGUUCCUGACAUCUCUGCGUUCCGUGAGGGGUGGCGUUGGGUUCGGCAGCCAGUGCAGGUUCCUGUGACUUUGGUCCGUAAUGACGGCAUCAUCUACUCCACGGCUUUGACAUUUACCUACACGCCGGAGCCGGGACCGCGCCCUCACUGCAGCGCUGCGGGAGCCAUACUGCGGGCCAACAGCAACUCCUCCACCUCUCCAUCUUCAUCUUCCUCAUCCUCCAGCCUACUGCUGCAGUCGGCUAUCGACAGCCAGGCGGGAUACGCAGCAGCAGGGAGCGUGUCUUCAUCUUCCUCUUCCUCGGCUAUGUCUGUCUCCUAACCUGGGAAUCUUGGUGCGCGUUUGCGUGUGCGAGUAAGUGAACCUUUGUGAGAGAUGGUGAUUCGUCAGUUCGUAGACUUCCUGUAUAGAUUCACGGGAUACCGAUCACAAAAAUGGAUAAUGGUGCCACAGAGAGAGAAGCAAAAGAGAGACAAGACUUCACACAAAGACUGGACAGAACAAAUGAAGGCAUCUCUUUUCUUUUCUCUCUCUUUGUUGCGGUUCUUUUUCAAUCUGUUUCCUCGUGUCAGAGGAAUUGGCAACAGAAGUGAUGUUUGCCAUGGAUCAAGAUGCCACAGGAUCAAUGCAUUAGCCUUACAUGAAAACAAAAAACAAUCAGUCAAAAAAAGAAAGAAAAAAACACCUUCAAAACAAAGCCUUUUCUAAGUAAUGGCUUUGCGAGAUGUUGUUUUCUACUAAAGGGCUUAAUGCACUGUUUCGCCAGGCUUGGAAGAAAAGUUAUCAUAGUAAUAUAGUUUUUACGGACCAAGGAAUAUUAUUAUUAUUAUUAUUAUUAUUAUUAUUAUUUUUAUUGAUAUAUAAUUUUAUAAGCUUUAGCUAAGGUACAUUUUUCACCUUUUUAAGUUUUAUAACAUAUAGUAAACUUUUGUUACCAAAUAGUUUUGUAUAUUUCUUGUGAGCAUUUGGGCUCAGAAGGAAGAGGUUCAUGCGUUUUGAAAGCCUGAACUCAUAGCUGCCUUUACUCCUCUUGGCAAAUGCCUUAAAUCUUCUGGAGUUUCACCAGACCCAUGUCUCUUUUGUAAUAAUUUUUGUCAUGUAUAUUAGUCCCAUUCUCUUAUUUUUUUUUUAAAUUUUUCUCCACUAAACCGAGGUGUAAUAUUGAUGCCAUUUUUGCGUAUUUGGGAGAAGGUGAUUCUUCUGCUUCUUUAAACUUUUCUCAUAUGAAGUCUUUAACACAAAAGCUUUAACUGACUUUGCUGGUACGCCUUACGUGCCAUAUCGUACUCAUCAGAUACACAUAGCCAUUGAUCUGGCCCUUUUUCAUUGGCUAUAGAUGUUUAAACUGCCAACAAAAAAACAUCCCACACCAAAUGGAUUACCUUUAGUUGGACAUAAGCACACAAAAUUCUUCUGUUGCUUUUUUUGGGGGUCAACAAUUUCUAGUUAAUUGGUUUAUUCAAAUCCUGUGGUAGGGAAGGACUGUACCAGUCUCGUUUGCAUAUCAUUCAUGCUUUCGGUGUCAUGAUUUUUAUUAGUAUCAUACUAAAAUCAGUGUGUAGGAAAAUUGCUGCUUUGUUGUCAUGUGGUUAAACCAUAUAGAGAAUGGAGUUUGGGGAUUCUGUAAGUACAGUUACAAGUAGCCCUGACUGUUUUUGUCCAGGAAUGAAAAGUUUGGUGUUUCUCAGUGCUUCUAGAUACCAACCAAUUAGUGGUUUGCCUGCCUGACUGACUAGUUGAAUAAUUGGUCUUAUAGAAGCCUUGUAAUUGGGCUGGUUUCUUGUUCACCGUACCCUGAUCAGACAUUUUACUUAGGAGUUUACAUAAGGUGUGCUCGGCUAGAUAACUGGAACGAAUUGCUUUUAAUAUAUGUAGUUAACCACUUUUCAACUAAAUGUGGCAUCUUAAAAACACUCAUACUGAGAUGCUCAAAUGGAUUUUCACACUUAUAAGUCAUUGCUUUGUUCCGAAAUAGGGAUUUCAUUUGUUACAAUGUUGCAUUUUCUUCUUGGUUCGGUUCACUUUCACAAAGCAACAUUUCAAAGCGUACCAAAAUGUGUUUAUGCAAAUUACAUGCGAGUAAAACUGUACUCCUAUUGGUCAGAGUUUCUCAUCGUCGUCCAUCAAAAAUAAUUGACAAGUUCGCUCCAUGAGCUUAUUGCGGCUUUAUUUGUAACUGUCGAGACACAUGGCAACGAUACGAAUGUAGCCACUAUUCCAGAUGUUAAAUACUACAUUCGUAUUAAUGCUGCGGUAAAAUCAAACACACUCUCUCUGGAUCUCCCAAUGCUGUCUAGUAGGCUAACUGUCGAGAUGCAUGCAAACACUAUAAAUAAUGUUAUAAUGCAACUAGAGCGAGAAUCAAGGCUUAGUCGGGACAGCAUUCUUGCACAGAGAAGCGUAAUUACACAACAUUUUAAGAUGAAGAGGCUUUCUUUGGUUUUCAACUGCAGUAACUAAAGUGCUCACUCACAGAAUCAAACACUGCUGCAUUUUAUAUAACACAUUUCCCAUUAUCAAUUGUGAUAUUGUUUGGUCCGUUGGGUCGGAUUGCUUUCACAUCUCAAGCGAACCUUCCCAGAGUUCAUCUGCAAUCAGGCCGAGUCUCGGAGCGAUUGUUCCCCGAGCAAGAUUGCCGUUUUCACAUAUGCCUAAAUGAACCGAACCAAGGGAGAAAACGCACCAGGUUCCUAAACAGACGCUCAGGUGUGAAAGCACCCGUAAAUGUGUAUGGUUGUACUAAAAAUCUAGAUAAACUAGUCAACCUGACUAAUUGACAAGUUUGUCUUUGAAACCAUUGGUGUCAGGCUGAAUGGAAAUAACAGUAAAAAGCACUUAUCGCAUUGCUGCGUGAAGAUGUUUGGUUUGUAGGGUACAGGAAACAGAAUAUUAUCUUGCCUUUCAUAUGUUUUGAUUUAUGAAACUGCAGAAGUGACCCGGCCUUAAUGUACAUAAAAAUGACCCCUAUUAAAUUGACAGUGCCACAUGUAAUUUUUUUCUUUUUUUUGUUUGUUUAAAAUGUUUAGUACCAAAUGUUCACUUCUGUAAUAGCUGUAGUCUAAAGCAAACUAAAAAUGAGGCCUUAAACCACUACUGCUUAAUUACAGGAUCUGGUGAUAAGAUAUUACACUACAAAUUAUGCUUUUUUUGUAAAAAGGGCAUGAUUGUUUUUGUUUUAUACCUUUUUCAAGUCACAGAGAAAGUCAUCUCAAGUCUGCUUUCUGUGCAUCUUUUGUUUCUUAUUUUGUUGUCCUGUUUAAAUAUUUCCCCCCACCCAACUCUAUAUGCAUUGUUUGAUCAGAGAGAAAGAGACACUCAUGAAAUAGUGUGCUCUGGAAUUUGCUUUCAAUUGGUAUGGACUGCAUUUUGUUACUGUUUGGGAUUUUUAUAGGAACGGAAGUAGUAGUUCCACAAUGGUUUUGGUUCUUUUAAUUUAUCAGUUUCUUCCAUGGCUAAUAUUAAUAUAUGAGUUUGUCUAAAUAUUAUAUUGAUCAUUUUAUAUAAUUUUUUUUUUUUUUUAAUUGUAUAAUGGUAUGAAAUUAUAUUAAUGGUUAUGUUAAAAUUUCUAAAUUUCUUCCAUGAUUGAGGAAAAAUUACUAUGACAAGUCUUUUGUAUGUCAUUUCUUUUUAAUUUUUAAAUAACUUUUUACAUUUCUUUUUAAACUGUCAGGCCUUGUUUCCCAAAGAAACUAUCUUUGGGAGAAAUAAAAGCCAAAACCCAGUAAUUCUUGCAAAGCCAUUAACUUGUAUCUAUUGUGAGCUAUUUCAUUCAAUUCCUCAAUCAGGGAAGAAUAUUAAACCAUAUCACGUGGAAGUGCCGAAAUGGAAACUGCCAAAUCUAAAGGUCAAAUUGUGAAGGUAACACAACCUUUCCAUGUAUGUUUUCAGUGUUAUUUUUCGUCUUGUAUCCCGUUUGUCUUCCAGAGUGUUCGAAUCAGAGGAUCUGAAUGGUUAAUUUCAAGACUAACCAUGUUGAGUUUCAUUAUUACUAUCACAUAAGUUAGUUAGUUUACCUGUCACAUGUGCCACUGUGCUUACAUUGAGCAGAAACUAGUGUAUUAGAUCACUGUUAUCUUUGUCGGUUUUGUCUGUAGAAAAAAAGGUGUGAAUUGGUGUCUGUUUUCUCAGCCGUUUCAACGGAUUGUUUUACAUUUUGGAAGUUACCAGCCUUUGCCAAAUGGCUACCAGCCAUUCUGGUUUCGAGUGCAUGCUCUCUAGCAGAUUUGAACUGUAUUGGUGCUGUCUAACUCCUAAAGGGCCAGUGUAUCUAUUGCUUUUGGAAUGGAUCACUAAACACUGUAAUAGAUUCAAAAA